AUGGACUUUAUCCCUGGCCUAAAGUCAUGCAUGACUUCAAAGCAAUAUCUUAUUCUUUUCUUUGUCAUGGGAGGUGGGAUUGGCAUGUUCAAUUGCCUAUACACCAUCAUGCAGGAACUACUUUGUCCUUCCGGAUAUUCCAACUCUUUCGUUGGCAUUUGUGCUGCCUUGAUGAUCAUUGGAGGUAUCGUUGGCGCUGCUGGAAGUGGUAUUUUUGUUGAUCGCACAAAAAUGUACGAGGAAACUAUGAAGGUCUCAAUGGGGUUAGCUGUUGUAUUUGGUCUCAUUUUCAUGCAGCUCACGCUGCACCCCAACUUCGCACCUUUCCUCGCAGCUACAUGUGUUUUAUUUGGAAUUUUUGGCUUAGCAACCUAUCCUGUUGGUUUGGAGCUUUCUGCAGAGUGCACAUUCCCUGUAUCAGAAGCUACUUCUACUGGGCUCAUCGUUUUGUCUGGACAGGUACAAAGUGUUUUGUAUGUCCUCAUCAUGAAGCAGUUCAGUCGACCACUGCAGCCUGAACGAAUGGACAUCCAGGUUUGUUCGUUAGAUGCAAAUGAUACCUUGAAUCAGCCGAAGGACAACACUCAGGCUGUAAUGGUUUUCUCUUUAUUGGCAGCACUGCUCGUUCUUGUGCUGGUGAUUCUGUUCAAGCCAGUAUAUCGUCGAAUUGAAGCCGAAAAAGAAAACAGGGCUCGCCUCGAUAAGGAAAAGGAAGCGCGAUCAAACGAGCAGAAGAUCACACUUCCUCGAGAAACUGCUAUCCAACCUUUAAAUGAACCGCAACAGCUUUAA